AUGCACUUGGCACUCCUCUUGUCACUAGCCUUUGGGCUUAAAUCUGUGGUCGCUGGUCCUUGCAAACCACAAUCUUCGGCUAUCGCCACUACUAUCACAACAGAGACUCUGGGCCAAUCCUCCACGUCGUCAACAGAUACCACGAAGGAGACUGAGAAGUCAGAUUCGACGACAAUAUCCACUGUCACAAUUUCAGAGCCCACUUUCUCUUCUAGCGUCACCGUUGAGUCUACAUCUGAGACUGAUAUUGGGCCUUCAACCUCGGUCGCAUCGUCUGAUGUUCCUGCUACCACGUCAACUGAGGCCACCAGUACAGCUGUGCCCGAGGCUUCUAUUGCGACAUCAGCUGAAUCGACAUUCUCUAUCGAUGGUUCGGUCACAACAUCUGCUGCUUCAACAACUACAACUAUAGAGUCCACCACAACUGCAGAGUUUACCACUGAUUCCGCAAUCUCUUCGACAGAAAUCCCGAUUGAUACCACACUCGAGGCAACGACGACCACCACCGAGGCACCAACUUCAACAACAAUUUUUGACGAAAUCUCCACUUCCGCCGCCGACACAACAACCUCUCUCUUGCCCAUUCCAACUCUAUUCUCAUUAGCUGCUCAAGGCGGUCCAGCAGAUGGCUGGGUCAUCCAUACAAAUGGUGAGCCAGAGUACUCUGUGUGGAUAGGCACCUUCUUGACUUGGCCAAGCGGCCAGUUCAAAUACGAAGAGGAAACUGGUCAUGUAUUGAUUGACGGAAAUCCACUAUGCUCUAUGGCAUAUGGCGGGAAUACAGACUUUAUUUCGGUGAUAGUGUGUCCUACAGUUAUCACGUCGUCUUGGCACACGCCCUUGGUCUGUGAGCGACCGACUCACGGCAGCCUCAAGUGUAACGCGACUCCAAAAUUCGAAUCGUGCGUCACGGGCAACGGCGGAAUUCGAACAUGCAUGAUGACAGAGGCCUCUUGGAGCAAUCUGUAUUCAUCGCCUGUAUCGAACGGGGCUUGGUAUCAGCUAAGGAUCGCUGGCGCUGACUGGGCUCAGAGAAGUACGGACGUUCCGAUCGAUCUACUUGUAUCACCCCUGUAG